ACAUUGCCUCGAUCACGAGCAGAUAUGGCGUCCGACGAGAUUGUCUGGCAGGUUAUCAACCAGCAAUUCUGUGCCUUUAAGCUCAAGACAACCAAAGAGCAAACCUUCUGCCGUAACGAGUACAAUGUCACCGGUCUAUGUAACCGGCAGUCAUGUCCUCUCGCCAACAGCCGCUACGCCACCAUCCGAGCAAACCCUGAAACCGGGGUCCUCUAUCUCUACAUGAGGACAGCCGAGCGGUCACAUAUGCCUUCGAAAUGGUGGGAGCGCAUUCGACUUUCCAACAACUACGCCAAAGCGCUCGAGCAGGUCGAUGAGCGAUUGAUCUACUGGCCGAAGUUUCUCAUUCACAAAUGCAAGCAGCGCUUGACCCGUCUGACGCAAGUGGCCAUCCGAGCACGACGAUUGGCGAAGGAGGAGGAGAGACUGGGUGAGAAACUGGUCCCUAAGUUGGCGCCGAAGGUGCGCAGACGCGAGGCGACGAGGGAGAGGAAGGCGGAGUCUGCCGCGCGGGUGGAGAGGGCGAUUGAGAGGGAGUUGGUCGAGCGGUUGCGCAGCGGGGCUUAUGGAGAUCGGCCGCUCAAUGUCGAGGAGGGCAUUUGGAAGAAGGUGCUGCGGGGUUUGGAAAAUCAAGGCGAAGGUAUCCGCGAUGAGGACUUGGACGAGGGAAUAGAGGAAGAGGAAGGAUCCGAGAUGGAACGAGAGUACGAGUACGAAGGUGCUGAGGGCGAGGUCGAGUAUGUCUCUGGAUCCGACAUCGAGACAGACGAUGAUGAUCUGGGUGACAUGGAAGACUGGUUUGACGGCAACAGCUCCGACGGAGAAGAGGAUGACGACGAGGAAGGUUCAGAGGAGAGCGACGAUGGCUCGGCCAGUGACGAUGGGGAUGAUGUCGCUCGCUUGAAGAAGACCCUUGGCGACUUGAAGCGGAAGAGGCCGCCAACCAAAGCCACGAAGCCGAGCAAACGCCCGAGCAAAGGACCAAGGACGGAGAUUGAGUAUGAGAUUGAGAAGGAACCUACACGCAAAGAAUUGGCUAUUUAAUCACGGGCUUUCAAGGCGUUCGGAUGUCAUGGCAGCGAGUAGAGAAGCAUUGUUCGGAAGCAUUCAUAUCAGCAGAGUGCUAUCUAGCAGGUUACGGGAUAUUGUCCUUUGUAAUCCGUCCAAAAUGAACACAUUCGUUCCCAAAAUGCGCUCAAUUGACCGAAGCCUUCUAAACGUUCGCGACCGUUUUAGUGGUGAGAGAUCCUGUCCAC